AUGGCUCAUCAGUGGGCGGAGGAGGAGCAUGCCGGACUUGUCAACUCGGGUGAUAGAGAAGGCCUCUGGAACUUAGGGGAGAAGUUUGCCGCUAACACAGUCUUGUUUGUUGUCGAAUGUUGUGACAACACCUCACCUCCUGGAGGCCUGUCAAUUUUGAGCAGUGAUCCGGAUCGCAAGACUGACUUUAUUUCAUCCAUUCGCCACCUGGUGCAUGGAGACUAUUUUGCUAUAAUUAUCUGGCUGUUGUCGUUAAACGUAUAUGUCAAUUACGAACAUAUUCCCACAGUGUCCUGCCACUUAAUUGGAUACCCAUGCUGGAUUGACGAUGAAUGA